ACGUCAGCUCUCGUGUUGAGGACGCACUGAAAGAGCUCUGAUGGUGCAUCGGUAGAAGCAUGUGAGUAACUAUAACAAAGACAUAAACUCUUCUGUGUGUAAAACAUAAAGAGACUUGUUUAGUCUGAUCGAGCUUAUAAUGCGACCGGAACAGGCUCUUGCUGCUGCUGGAAUGUUUCUCUGUCUUUGACCUCCAGAGGAUCAAGAGUUUACCGUCACAAGCCUCGCUCUUCCCUCUCAGAUUGGAGCGCUCAGUGAUCUUUAGACGUCUGAAUCAGUCAGUUAUAAAGCAGCACAUGUCCUCACGGUGUCCUGUUCUAAUGAUUGACUUGUUGGGUAUUCCUGCUCAGACUCUGAGGGAGGAACCCUGCAACAUCCAAGAGGUCUCUUUCAGGAAAUAGAAUGGAUCCACAUGACCACGCUUCUGACUUCCCGAGUCUGGACUUGUACACUGAUGCUCCUCAGCCUUUGAGAGAGGAUCUAUACGUGGAGCACACAUAUGAAUCACUAACAACUGUCCGUCAAACUGUGGACCCUGUGUACGAGAGCAGUUUUUUUGGACUUCUACCUGAUGGAGAAGGGGCCUCGGCAGAUGCCAGACAGGCCACCAAUGCUGCCCCUGUGCUGCUCAGACAUCGGUUUCCCAGUGAGGCUUUGCCAGUCAGACGCAAGCCUCCUCCCUUACCUCCAAGACCACGCAACUUGGGGAAAAAAACAACGUCCUUCGAUCUCCCAGACCACGCACCCCAGCUGACUCGCUCCAACACUGAAGUGGGCCGUCAUGACCCAUGGACCAUCAGGGUCAUCGACACUCCAGAGGGCAGCACCAGAGAGUCGGCUUUGUUUUGUGAAUCCACGACUAAACUGAUGUCACGCUACAAACACUGGGACCAGGUUCAUAACUCGGGUGUGGUGCGAGGUCGACUCUUCCCGGUUCACCCUGCCCUGCUGCACCAGGUCACGCUGAACGUCACUGUUGUUACUGACAAUGACAGCUACCAGCUCCCUGUCCCCACCACCAUCGACGUCAGCGUCCAGACUCUGAUUGAUCAAGUGGUCGAGCUGCUGGACCUUCCGCCCAGCACCGAUGGACACUACGUGCUGAAGCUUUGCAACUCAGAGCAGUAUCUCCAGAAUGACAGAAUCCUGGGUUCACAUGAGACCGUUCAACACUACACUAAGUUCAACAUGGUGCUCCCGCUCCGGCUGCUAAACAUCAACAACCUCACUCGUCACCUUUCCAGAAUUGAGAAGGACGACAUGGCCGUGUUCCAUCUCUACCACUUUCUGCGUUUUGCCAGCAUCUUCUCCGUGUCCAAGUUGAGCCUGAAUAAUGUGUUGGCGUGCUACAACAAAGAGGCCUCAGAGAUUGUGAGAAGUCAGUCAGGGGCCAACAUAAGCGCCCUGGUGGAGGCGGUUCGCACCAUCAGUAAUCUUCUGUGUGGACUCUCGUGUCAGGACUUGGAGGACGCCAUUGGAGGCAUCAACAGAGUCAACUCGCUAUUUCUGUCUCGUGACGAAAUGUUUCAGUGUGAGAGUGCGAUGCUCGUGCUUCACAUGGCUCUUCAAAGAGUGCUUCAGGUGUUUUUUGACAACAUCCAGUCCGACUUCCGUUGUCAGACAGAGGUCAACGUCCGGCCAAUCUGCGACAUAGAACAGAACCCUGAAAUCCUCCAGUUCAACAUCGCCUCGUUCUACCAACUGCAGCCCCCCUGGAUGACAUCUUACGAGUCCUUCUCCGUGACCUGUAAGGUGACGUACGUCAGGACGGAGAUGUGCUCGGAGGGUGUUUCGGAGAACAUCAGCACCGCCUUGGCUUUAGGAAACAAGAUCCAGUGCAACCGCAUGAUGGUGUUUCCUGUCCAGGUGAACAAGCUGCCGUUUGAGACCAUGCUGACAUUCCAUCUGUUGGGCAGCAAGCGAGGGAAGACUCCGGACCUGCUGUGCUGGGCGGUGCUGCCACUCUACACCAACAAGACUCUGGUGAACGGAACCAUCCUACUAGGUAUGUCCUCAUCCUCCAUGCCCCCCACGCCUCCUUCUCCUGCCCUCUAUGACGGCCUCAGACAAGCUUCCGGGGUCAUCAUGCAGCUGGAGUUUCGGGCCGAACAUCAAUGGAGGUAUCUGAGGCCGAUCGCCCUGCCAGGGUCGGUUGAUUUCUCUCCGCCAUGUGAAGAUGCGCAGAGGAAGAUUUUGGAGAUCUCAAACCAUCACUGCCCUCGAUUUCUCUCUCCAAACCAGAGGAAGUCUCUGUGGGACAAACGCCACUGUUGCAAUAGAGCCAACACUUUCCUGCACUUGCUGCUAGGUGUCGCCCCCCGGUGGCAGCCUGAAGACCUCACAGAGCUCUACACUGUUUUAAAGAACUGGACCAUCAGUCGACCAGAAGAGGCUCUUUUCCUGCUCAGCGACAGUUUCCACGAUCAGACCGUGCGGAAAGCUGCGGUCCAGUACUUUGAAGAGAAUUCCGAUGAAGAGCUGGAGCAGUUCCUGCCUCAGCUUGUUCAAGCACUAAAGAGUGAGUGGGAACUUCAUGGACCGCUGGUGAUGCUGCUGUUGGAGAGAUCCAUGAAGAACAUCCGUGUUGCCCAACAACUUUACUGGCUGCUGGAGGAUGUUCUCGUGGACCAUCACUACUACGGCUGGUACAGUAAGAUCCGUGCUGCGCUGCGUUUCUGCUGUGGGGAGGCUUUGAGGGAGGAGCUGGACAACGAAUCCAAGCUGGUGUCAGUGCUGGUCGAGGUGGCUGAGACUGUUCGCACUGCUGACAAAAGCAAGCGGAAGAACAUCAUGGGCAGAGAAAAGUCAAAGAUUCAAGACUUCUUCAGCAGCGGAACUCACUGUUGUCUUCCCCUGGAUGCUGCCGUCCGCGUACAAGGAGUGGAUUUGCAGGCCUGUAAGGUCUACAGCUCCUACACUGCUCCUAUUGGUGUUUCCUUCAUCUGCACCGACUCUCUGGCCAAGAACGUCAGCAUCAUCUGCAAGACCAGCGAUGACCUGCGGCAGGACAUGCUCGUGCUCCAGAUCGUCCGAAUCAUGGACCGCGUGUGGCUCCAGGAAGGGCUGGACCUGCGGAUGGUCACGUUCAGGUGUCUGUCGACAGGCAGAGCUCAGGGCGUCAUAGAGGUGGUGCCAGACGCAGUGACUCUGGCUAACAUCCAGCAAGAGUGGGGCCUGGAAGGGACCCUCCGCGCAGACACCCUGAAGAGAUGGUUCAGCAUGUACAACCGGACCAAGGAUGACUAUGAAAAGGCUGUGAUGAACUUCAUCCACUCAUGUGCCGGAUGGUGUGUCGCCACCUUCAUCCUCGGCAUCUGCGACCGUCACAACGACAACAUCAUGCUGAAGCACAGCGGACACAUGUUCCACAUCGACUUCGGCAAGAUUCUGGGAAACGCGCAGAUGUUUGUGAUGGUGAAAAGGGACCGUGCCCCGUUCAUCUUCACCUCAGAGAUGCUGCACUUCAUCACCGCCGGCGGAGAGAAACCUCAGCACUUUCAUUUCUUUGUGGAGCUUUGCUGCGAAGCGUACAACAUCAUCCGAGGGCGGUCUGCUCUCAUCCUCAGUCUGCUGGAGUUGAUGCUUAACGCCGGAAUGCCGGAGCUGAAGGACUCUCAGGACCUGCGGUUUGUUCUGGACAACCUCCGACCCAACAACACGGACCUGGAGGCAACGUCUUUUUUCACAAAGAAGAUCAAGAAGAGCAUGGAAAGCGUCGCAGUCAAGCUCAACUUCCUGUCUCACAGCAUAGCUCAGGGGAAGAAAGAGUCCAAAGCACACAAUGGGAUUCCGGGGCCCAACACCAACAUACAGGAUGUGACCAUCCAGGGCUGCAGCACUGACAAACAAGACAAAUGGGUCUUUGACUUGAAAGUCACGAUUGACGACGGCUUCCUCACCAGCCAGAUGACCUUCGAGCAGCUGGAGCAGAUCCAUCGGCAGCUGCAGAAGCGCUUUAUCGAGUCCACACUGCCUCAAUUUCCUCGCAAGUUAUUCUCGAUCACCAAAAGCAAGAGGAUGUCUCAGCUGAACAAAUACCUCAAACAGCUAUUUGAGGGACCGUGCAAGGGGAACGAGUACGUCUGCAGCUUGUUCUUGGACGGUCCGGAGAAAGAGCAGGAAGCUGCCGCUAGGGAAAACAGACCUCAGAUUCAGCUCUUCAUUUCCUACGCCGACUCCAAGCUCUCAGUCCUGGUCAAGCACCUGAAGGACAUCAAACACACUAACGGUUCCAACCCUGACGCGUACGUGGUCACCCGUCUGAGACUGGACCCUCAGGAGCUGUCCAAGAAGAAGACCAAAAUCGUGAGGAACAACGACAACCCCACUUUCAAUGAGCUGCUGCAGUACAACCACGUCCCUGUGCUGCACGGUACAGUCCUGGAAGUGGCAGUGAAGAGCAGGAAGUCGUUUCUAGCCUCCACUUGCAUCAAGCUGCGGGACGAGCUGCUGAACAAGGAGGCCUGGUUCCCUCUGGGCUGCAGCGACAUCUAAAGGGAGGUGCAGGGACAGCUCUUUGCCGGCAGAUGGCGCAGUCACGUUGGUUUUGGAGCUGGUGAAACUACUUGCCGUACAAACGCUGUUUACUUCCGGAAGAAGAUGAACGAGAACCCGUCACUUGCACUUUACUUGGCGCUCACACUUGUGAGUCACUUUUUAAAUGUCAGUGUGGCAGAUUGAGAUGGAAAUUAUGCUGCACUGACUUUGCUUUUGUAAAGAAAUGUUCACUCAUUAUUCUUUGGUUCAACUUGCUGAUUGUUUGCACUGGACUUUAAAGGUAAAGCAUGAAUGCAUUUUUAAUAUGUAUUUACACACUUUUAUAUCACAAAGUCUGUGCAAGAUUCUCCAAUUCAAAGGCUUAUGUUAAUGAAGGAUAAAACGUUGUUACUCGUUUUAUCAGAAGUAACUCAACUGUUAACUCUCAACCUAAAAUGUUAUUGUGCUUGUUAUGAA